UGAUUUGGAUCACCUACAAAAUUUACUCGGAACUCUUGAUAAUUAUGGAUCAGGUAGCAGAAUAAUUGUAACUACAAGAGAUGAGCAAGUGCUUAAUGCUAACAAAGCUGAUGAGAUAUAUAGGCUUACAGAACUCAGUUCCAGUGAAGCACUUCAGUUUUUCAAUUUGAAUGCCUUUAACAAAAGUGAUCUUCACAAGGAGUACAAUGAGCUAUCAAAAAAGGUGGUCAAUUAUUCCAAAGGUGUUCCAUUAGUACUUAAAGUUUUAGCUCGUCUUCUUUGUGGAAAAAAUAAGGAAGUAUGGGAAAGUGAAUUAUCCAAACUUGAAAAAAUUCCUCCUACGAAAGUUUACGACAAAAUGAAACUCAGUUUUGAUGAUCUAGAUCGCAAAGAGAAACAAAUUUUUCUAGAUCUUGCAUGUUUCUUUCUCAAAUUGUCUACAAAGAUAAAUGUAGAUAAUCUAAAAUCUUUACUAAAAGAUGAUAAAAGUGAUAAUUCAGUGAUUUUUGGGCUAGAAAGGUUGAAAGACAAAGCUCUUAUAUCUUUUUCAGAGGAUAAUAUUGUGUCUAUGCAUGAUAGUUUACAAGAAAUGGCAUGUGAGAUUGUUCGUCAAGAGUCUAUUGAAGACUCUGGAAGCCGCAGCCGAUUAUGGGAUCCCAAUGACAUUUAUGAAGUACUGAAAAAUGACAAGGUUACUGAGGCCAUUAGAAGCAUACGAAUUCAGUUGACAACAAUUAGGGGACUAAAGUUAAGGCCUCACAUAUUUGCUAAGAUGAGCAAACUGAAAUUUCUGGAAAUUUCAAGGGAAGAUGCAUAUUAUGGUUUCGAAAAUCAACUUGGUGAAGGACCUCUAUUUUUGGCAACUGAAUUAAGAUUUCUUUCUUGGGAUUGUUACCCUCUAAAAUCCUUGCCACAAAACUUUUCUGCCGAAAAACUAGUAAUAUUGAAAUUACAACUGAGCAAACUGGAAAAACUUUGGGAUGGAGUGAAGAACCUGGUGAGUUUAAAAGGUGUUUACCUCGAUGGAUCUUCUGAGUUAAAGGAGCUGCCAGAUUUAUCUAAAGCUAUAAAUCUUGAAGUAUUGGAUCUCUCUAGUUGUGAAAGUUUGACUACUGUGCAUCCAUCUAUUUUCUCUCUAGCCAAACUUGAGAUAUUGAAUCUUAGUAACUGUAUAUCCCUUACCAUACUUUCAAGUGAUUCCCAUAUGCAUAGCCUCAAUUAUCUCAUCCUUGAUUAUUGUAAGAGUCUUACUGAAUUCUCAAUUAUAUCAAAAAAUAUGGAAGAAUUGGACUUAUCAUGGACAGAGAAAAUGAAAGCACUUCCCUCGUCAUUUGGACAUCAAAGAAAGCUUAAAUCACUAGAUCUAACAGGAAGUGGCAUUCAGAGGUUACCUUCAUCCAUCAACAAUCUUACGCAACUGCUACAUCUAAACCUAAGCUAUUGCCGUGAGCUUGAAACAAUACCAGAGCUUCCCCUAUCCUUGAAAAAUAUAAACGCUAGGGAUUGCAAAUCGUUGAAGACAAUAUUAUUGCUCCCUUCAACAUCUGUUGAACAAUUAAGGGCAAACAGGACACGAGUUCUGUUAUGGAAUUGCUUGAACUUGGAUCAACAUUCUCUAGUUGCUAUUGAGUUGAAUGCACAAAUCAGUGUGAUGAAUUUUGCAAACCAACACCUAUCUGUUGAACAUUCUCCAGUUGCUAUUGGGUUGAAUACACAAGGCAAUGUGAUGAAUUUUACAGAUCACAAUAAAGUUGUUUAUGUGUAUCCUGGAAGCUGUGUUCCAGAGUGGUUGGAGUAUAAGACAACAAAUAAUUAUGUAAUUAUUGAUCUCUCUUCUACUCCAUCCUCUCCCAUGCUUAACUUCAUUUUUUGCUUCGUCCUUAGUAAGUAUGAAGGAACAGCAAGGAAAAAUGAACUUACAGUUAAAAUCACUUUAAGUGACGGUGAUGGUGAAGGUGAAAGGGACAGUGUUGAAAUGUUCAUGGAUGAUUGGUUUUUUUCUUGGACAAUUGAGUCGAAUCAUGUGUGUGAUGUACGAUCGAAGAUGUUCUAACUUCCUAAAUAGUAGAGCCCAAAAUCAAACAAGCUUUAAAAUCCAAGCUCAAAUAGGGUUAGACACAUAUGACAUUUGGUUGGACCAUGGGUGUGAAUUAGUAAUGCGGCCGGAUAUGGUACAACAUUAAGUCAUUCAACAAAUGUCAAUGUCUCAGUUUCAUUAAGCACGUGGAAUUGGGUUGUGUGCUUCCUAUAAUCUCAGAAGGGAUGAUGCAUUUAGCUCUAACACAUGAAGGUUGUGCACUAUCUCUUGGUUAUCAGAAUCCAAAGUCCUUGCAUGGAAUCAAUCAGUUGUAGUUGCUGCAGAAACCAUCCCAAAAUUCUCAUAGGUAGUGUCAGAGAAGGAAAAUGGGCAAUAAAAUGCUUAGUAGGAAGUUGAGAGCAAAUAAUUGUAUUUGAUGGCCAUUGCAACCACAAAGUUGAUCUUUUAUUCACUUUGAGAUUUGUGAGAAAGUAUGUGUUUGAGACUCUAAUAGCUGCACAUGGAGUAUUAUUUGCUUGACUAUUUUUUUCAAUUAAAAUAUUCAUGUUAAUUGCAUGUUAUGGUGUUAUUGAAAGAAAAGUCCUAAAUUCGUGCUUGAAAAUGUUAAUUUCGAGUUACAAGAAAUGACACAGAAAUAUCUGUUGACUGUUGUUAUUUAAAAUA